CAACUACUUAUCAACAACCUAUUACUUCAAAAUUAAUGAAAAUUGCCUUGCUUAUUCCAGGUUGAUUGGAUCCAUCGUUACGAAGAAGUACAUGGAUACCUAGAUCGUCUUUCUCUGUCUGAUCUGGUCGACUUGAUCGACUCACUCACGUUCUCAGAGAAAGCUAUUGAUACGUUGACUACCGACCUACGAGAUGAAAUCUUGAGACGAGUAUUGAAAUUUUCCCGCCAAAGAAAUGCUGCUGGACAGCGAAAGAAAUCCAAAGAAAAUAUGUAAGUGUACAGGUACACUUUACCGAAUAACGUGAGGGGGUAAAGGUAGUAUUCUACAAUAAGUGUCUGAACUACCUGAAAAAGAUAUCUCAAACGUGGUGGUCCAGUGUAGGUAGUAUUCUACAAUAAGCUGUCGUGGUUUGUGUCUGAACUACCUGAAAAAGAUAUCUCAAAUGUGGUGGUCCAGUGUAGAUAGUAUUCUACAAUAAGCUGUCGUGGUUUGUGUACUUUGUCGACAACACUGAAUCACGACGUUUGAGAUAUCUUCCUUAACAAAGCAUGUUCUCUUCAGUAAAGUCAGUUAUAUUAGUCAGCUAUUUUUUCACAAGUAUUUUUGGUACUUUUGUAGAUAUGCAGAGAGCAGUAUUACUCUUGCAGAAGUUACGAAACAUUUCGAGCAGUCGUUGAAACAUCUGACUUCCUUAGAUAACGAAAUCGUUUUGAAAUUGGAGGAGUCGGCGCAAGUACGUCAGUAAAGCUAAGCAAAUGUUUUAUACUUGAUAGCUUUAUCGGUUCUAAAAUAAGUUUGUUGUCAAGCCGAUAUCGGGAUACCAGCUGCUUUCACCAUGGUACAAGAUUGAUGACAGUAACAGACUUUAUACAAGUUGUUUCAACAAGACUAAUACAGGCUGUUCGUAGCAAGUUGAUACAAGCUUGUUGUCGUCAACUUGUUAACAACUUGUUACGUGCAGACGAUAUCAGACUUGUUGGAACAACUUGUUGCGAGUCUGUUGGCCUCAUCAACCUUGUUACAAGAUGAUAACAACUUGUUCCAGAUUUGUCAGCAACUGGGAACAAGCAGUGCGAACACAUCUUGUUGACAAGCUGUCAGAUUUUUACGCGUUUACUUUUCCAUUGUAACUACACGCGUAAAAACGCACAAUCUGUUCACAAUCUGUUGACAAGUUGUGUUCGCACUGCUUGUUCCCAGUUGUUGUAACAAGUUUGGAACAAGCUGUUAACAACUUGUAACAAGCUUGAUGGCAUUAUCAGACUUGCUACAAGGUUGUUCUAACAAGUCUGAUACAGUCAUGAUAUAACAAGAAUGUUACAAGGUUGACGACACAAGGUUGUAACAAUAUUGUUAUAUCAUGACUGUAUCGGACUUGUUGGAACAACAUUGCAACAAGUCUGAUAAUAUCAACAACAAAGUUGUUCCAUACUUGUUGACAACUUGGGACAAGCAGUGCGAACACAACUUGUUGACGGCUUGUUGGCAGACUUCUACAAUGCACGUGGUAAGCUAAUCAAAUAUAUGCUUUAAAUUUGCCCACAGAUGCAGCAUGUUAAAUAUGCGAGACUCUACGACCUCUCACGGUCAGAAGCUGAGAAAGUCAAAGAACUAUGUGUGCAAGUGCUGUGCAAUGGUGAUUCAUUAGACAUUGUUAAAGAUUUGUUGGAGUUGGCAAACCAGCAAUGUGUACAAGGUUUUAAGACGCGAGAUAUUGUCAAGGAAUCUCUGAGGACUGUGUUAGAUACAUACAGGUGUGUGUGCUAUACUCUUAUUUCAACAGGACAGUAAAAUUAUGAAACAGCGUUUGCAAAGUAGCUCCAAAUACUUCCUAGUGUCAAAACAUUUAAACAUUACCACGGCCUAUUUUCAAAGGUUUAUAGCAUACUCAAUCUGCUUGUAUUACAGCGACCCUGAUGAUAGGCCAAAGUUUAUGUCUAAGCAGACCACAUCAUUCGAGCUUCUCACCAAAUUAUUAACCACCCUACAUCAACAUCUGAACAGUGACAAUGUAACGAAAAAAUACAUCAAAGAAGAAGACAUCUUACAGGAAAUUCGGACAUUUUGUGCAGACGAGACCGUUUCACCCGAAGUAAAACAUCAAGUCCUGCAGUUGAUUGAGAAAACUGUCAAGUUGACUGGGGAGGAUAAGACUUUGUUACUUUACCAUCAGACUCAGUCCAUCGUACAUAAACAUUGGGAAAUUGAGGUAGGUGCCGAGGAAAGUGUCAUUGAUCGUAAAUAUUUGAUCUUAAACUAAACUAAACCAAACUAAACUCUAAAGUAAAGUUUACGUUUACCAGAUAUGUCUAUUAGUUUUAAAUUGUUUUUCCUAGACGUCCAUUAAGGACACUCCUAACUCUAGUGUUACUACAGGAGGAAACCUAAAUUAAACUAACUUCAUUUAUAUUGGGUAGCUCUAUCAGUUCUAAACUGUUCUUCCUAGAGGUCCAGUAAGGAUCAUCUCUUGUUAAUGCAGUGUUACUACAGGAGAAAACCUAAACUAAACUAACUUUAUUUAUGUUGGAUAGCUCUAUCAGUUCUAAACCGUUCUUCCUAGAGGUCCAGUCAGAAUCAUCUCUUAUUGAUUCAGUGUUACUACAGGAGGAAACCUAAACUAAACUAACUUCAUGUAUAUUGGAUAGCACUAUCAGUUCUAAACUGUUCUCUCUAGAGGUCCAUUAAGAAUCAUCUCUUAUUGAUCCAGUGUUACUACAAGAGGAAACCUAAAUUAAACUAACUUUAUUUAUACUGGAUAGCUCUAUCAGUUCUAAACUGUUCUUCCUAGAGGUCCAAUAAGAGUCAUCUCUUCUUGGUCCAGUUUUACUACAGAAGAAAGUAAGCUUAAUAAUUGGAGAAUACUUGUGAUGUUUGGUAGAGUCAAAUUGAAAGCACUCUUCUCACAUACAAGUGAGGUUAAAUUAUAGUCAGACAACUACAUAUUGCUAGAAUCUUGCCCCAAUCACAAAGAUGAAAGACACAAUGCAUGGACUAACAUUCUUUAAAUUCUUCAUAGCUCUCGAUUGGCAACAUGGAAUCAAGUGAAAGUCUUCAUCGGCUGUUUGGGAAAAUAUUUGACAAAACUACGACCAACGACCAAGUGUUGGCUGUGGCCUCGCUGCUCAACAUUUGGCCACCAUUUGAAGCAACGCAGGAUGGCGAAGGGGCGUGGUACCUAGUUUUCUCAAAGCUGAUCACCGACGCAAAAGAUGGCUCAUCAGUCGUGAAAAUAGCACGUGAGAAGGCUGAUAACAUCCAGCUGAAUAAAAAGGUACGGAACAACUUAGAUCGAAAUUUCGAGUCUAAAUAUUAUACAUAUUUUAACCUCACUCAAAAUUUUGUUUACCCAACAAAAUUUGUAGGAUUGUCAAAGUAUUUUCGACGCACUUCUUAAAGAUUGCGAAGAACUUUUGGCUUUUAAAUUUGGGCUUCUUGUGGGAGACGCCGAGAUGUUUGAAUUUGUUUUAAACCAAAUGAAACUGUUAGAGGUAUGUGUUUUGUUCUUAACAAAUUUGAUUUGAAGUGCGAAUUACUGUCCAUAAUUAUUAACUUCAGCCUUAAUUUUGAUAUGAUAUUUGUCAUUAACAGCCUGACCAAGCAAUUUGGGACAACGAAUUUUUAGAACUACUUUUCAAAAACAAAUUAUCAUCGCGCAUAGUGGAAACGCCAUACUUCGCUGCCUUUGUGAACUACUUAUUGAAAGGCGAGAUAAACGUGGAACACUCGCGAGAAUCGCGCGUGAACGAGGUGGUGCGAGACCUACACGAAGCGGGCUAUACCGUACAGGCGGCCUCGAUAAAAGCAUCAUUAGAUAAUCUGCAUCCAGGUUUGAGAACUUUGGAUAAUGUUUUAGGGACGUUCUUGAGGUGGGCAACUAAUAGUUAACAGAUAUAUGGGAAACGCUGUACUCGCAAAAGUCUGGAGCGCGCAUAUAUUUUAGUUAUUGCAAAAUAUCAUAUGAAUAUGCAGUGGCAGAUAUCUGAAAUCAAAUAUUGUAUAUUCUCACAUGAAGCUUCAAUGUUUGUCCUGAGCAUGCAUUUAACAGGUUUUACUUUUAAACUGAUCAGGGAUUUUUAAGCUUCCUAAAAUUGUCGAUUUGUUGGUAUAACCAAAUUAAACUUGAAGGACAUUGGCAAUAAAAAAUUAGUUGGUCUCAUUUAAAAAAACUCUUGAAAUUAUAUAUUAAACUCUAUUACCGAUUUGCCAUAUCUUGCUUAGUUCCCAAAAUAUUUACACCGAAAUUAAUGAGCUGUCCGCCAUGUUGAACUAAUUCUUGACCUCAUUAACUGCGGUUUUGAUGACGUCAGGAGUUGGGUUAACCAUAUAAAACUACUCUAAAAUGACCGAGUAACAAUCCAAAAUUGUUUGAAAUGUUUUUAAUUAUUUCUAAAUUUCAGACAGAAACGAAGUUUUGGACCCAUAUUGAUCGCUUACUCUCAAGAUAAAAAUUAGCGUGACCCCUCUCUUGAGGUAACAUGCAUAUCCUCAAUAAUCCAAGAUGGCGAACAGCUCACUUUUUUCAGUCGAAAUAUUUUGAGGACUAAGCAAGAUAUAAACAAUCUGUAAUAGAGUUUAAUAUACAGUUUGAAAAGUUCUUUCAAAUGAACUAAAUCAACUUUUUUUUUAUUGCCAAUGUCCUUUAAAGUAUUUAUAAAUUAAACUUUGUUUUUUGCUCACUAAAACCUUCAAAAGCUCGUUACAAACAUGAAAGUUUCACGUGAUUAUAGACGAUGUUUUUAUCUGUGACUGUUCGUUCGUAGAAGCAAGCGACGGCUGGGAAUCAAAUGUACUCGCUGAAAUAUCAAACACCAUAAAUUACUACAAUUAUUCUGUAUUGUGGAAUUGCAAAACUUGUAAAGUACAAUACAUAAUAUUUAUUAAUAUAAUACACAAUGUUGAACAAGUAUUUUUAAGACACACAAAUAAAAUCGCUAUUUACAUUGUAAUUAUUAUUUAGCAUGUAUUUCACUGCGUAAAACCCACUACUAGUUAAACAAUUUCAUCUGCUACCAUUUAAUACUUUGAUCGUUCAGUAAUGUGUCCAAGUUGACAGCACCACUCUCGAGAAAUUCCUGUUCUUUUUCGUUCAUUUCAAUUGUUUUACUCGGCUGGGAAGACGGAGUUUUUUUGAUCCGUGAUUUCGGCGUUUUUGAACCGGGCGUCUUUCGUCCAACGGUGUUCGAUGGCGUCAGAAAUCCUGUAUGUUUCAAAUGACGAUUUAUUAUUGGGGGAGUGAACUUUUGCUUUUUGGAUCUUUUAGUGGACUUCGUGUUGUAAUCACUCUCUAAAAAAUGAAAAAUACGUGGAAGGAUUAACAACUUGUAACAAGC